UGUAUGAUCUUGUUGCGUUCUGUGCAUGGCCUCUGUUUAACAACGGGAUAAGUGUCUUGUCAGGCUACGUCCUGAAGCCAGAACGAACUAGAGAGAGCUUGAUGGCGGCCGACGGCGUCGGCGGGAUCAGCAGGGCGGAGAGGUGGAGCCUGGCCGGCACGGCGGCGCUCGUCACCGGAAGCAGCAAAGGGAUUGGGCACGCGAUCGUGGAGGAGCUGGCUGGGUUCGGCGCGACGGUGCACACAUGCUCCCGGAACGCGGCAGAGCUGGAGGAGUGCCGCCGACGGUGGGAAGAGAAGGGGCUCCCGGUCACCGUCUCCGUCUGCGAUGUCUCCGUGCGGGCCGAGCGGGAGAAGCUCGUGGAAACGGUGAACAAAACCUUCGACGGCAAGCUCGAUAUACUG